UCUAUCUAAUCGCUGCUUCGGUCCAAAUAACGGAGAAGGAAGCGACGGUCCUGUUAGUCUUUCCAUUGAAAGAAGAAAACGCGGAUAAAAGGUAUUACGGAGCCAAUAACGGUACCCCCUGACUAUUCAGAUUAGCUGAAUCUGCUGAGACAAAAAGUCCAAAACGGCCGGCCGUCAGGAUGAUCCACAGCCUGUUCCUGGUGAACUCCUCGGGGGACAUCUUCCUGGAGAAGCACUGGAAGAGCGUGGUCAGCCGCUCGGUGUGCGACUACUUCUUCGAGGCCCAGGAGAGGGCGAGCGAGCCAGAGAACGUGCCUCCCGUCAUCCCCACUCCUCACCAUUACCUCAUUAGCGUGCUUCGGCACCGCAUCUACUUCGUGGCCGUCAUCCAGAGCGAGGUGCCGCCGCUCUUCGUCAUCGAGUUCCUGCACAGAGUAGUGGACACGUUCCAGGAUUAUUUUGGGGUGUGCACGGAGGCUGCUAUAAAGGACAACGUGGUGGUGGUGUAUGAGCUGCUGGAGGAGAUGCUGGAUAAUGGCUUCCCUCUGGCCACCGAGUCCAACAUCCUGAAGGAGCUGAUCAAACCGCCCACCAUCCUGCGCACCGUGGUCAACACCAUAACAGGAAGUACAAACGUCGGAGAGCAGCUCCCAACAGGCCAACUGUCGGUGGUGCCAUGGCGACGCACAGGAGUGAAAUACACCAACAACGAGGCCUACUUUGACGUUGUGGAGGAGAUUGAUGCCAUCAUAGACAAGUCAGGUUCCACCAUCACCGCGGAGAUACAAGGGGUGAUUGACGCCUGCGUCAAACUGACAGGCAUGCCCGACCUCACCCUCUCCUUCAUGAACCCGAGGCUCCUGGAUGAUGUCAGCUUCCACCCGUGCGUGCGGUUCAAGCGCUGGGAGGCGGAGCGCAUCCUGUCCUUCAUCCCGCCUGACGGAAACUUCCGGCUGCUGUCCUACCAUGUCAGCUCCCAGAACCUGGUGGCCAUCCCCGUCUACGUCAAGCACAACAUCACCUUCCGGGAGGGCAGCUCGCAGGGCCGCUUCGAGCUGACGCUGGGGCCCAAGCAGACCAUGGGCAAGGCCGUGGAGUCCGUGCUGGUGACCAGCCAGCUGCCCCGCGGGGUCCUCAACGCCAACCUCACCUCCUCACAGGGCACCUACACCUUCGACCCGGUCACCAAGCUGCUGUCCUGGGACGUGGGGAAGAUCAACCCCCAGAAGCUGCCCAGUCUGAAGGGGUCCAUGAGCCUGCAGGCGGGCACCUCCAAACCGGACGAGAACCCCACCAUCAACAUCCAGCUCAAGAUCCAGCAGAUGGCCAUCUCAGGUUUGAAGGUGAAUCGGCUGGACAUGUACGGGGAGAAGUACAAACCCUUCAAAGGCAUCAAAUACAUGACCAAGGCUGGCAAAUUCCAGGUUCGGACAUAGGGAGCGAGAGCGCUCUAUCACUCCAGCCCCUGGACCCCGACCACUAAUGACAGCUAGAGAGCGAGCGAGCGAGAGAGAGAGAGAACGACAGCAUUGAAUCACAUGUGUACACGCAUUUCAGGUUUUACACACACACACACGCUGCAGGGCUGUGGAGUUUUAAACUGGGGGGGGGGGGGGGUAAGGAGGGGAGGACGCCACCUGCUCCGUGCUAUGUAUAGUAAAUAUUUCCAGGGUCACGUGUUCAAAGCUGAGAAUGUCUGUGUUGGUAUCUGUGUCGGCCGCCCGUCUGCCGCAGCCUGACACGCCUCCUCCCCUCCUCCUUUCCUGCCUAAUUAUCGUCUUUCCUGGGGGAGAAUUACAGGGCUGUGUCCCCACUCCCUGCACCCCCCCACCCCCACCCCCACCCCACCCCACCCCAAAGCAUGUUCCUUCUAGUUUUUAAAAAGCUGCCUCUCUGGUUGUUUCUUCAUUUUGGCUCCGUUCCCCUACCCUUCUGCUCGUCUUUUCUUGUCCUGCCGCCUUCUCUUCUUCUCUUCCACGCUGCUUCCGUCCCACCCCCGUGCCCGUAUCCACGCGAACCGUCUAGGGCCAGGGGGCCUGACCUGGGAUCCGUUUUUGACCAAUUCAGAAAUUUUGUAAAGAGUUAGAAGUUUUGUAGUUUGAACUACAAAAGGAACCAGAAAAUAGAUCAGCACUGCAGGCUCUUGAAAGGUUUGAUGAGUGCAGUCGCUGAUGUAGGGUGAGUUUUUGCGUUUUAGCUCAUAAUGGAUAAGGUUAGGAUGCAGACAGGGGGAGCCUGAUUCUAGAUCAGUCUUCCUACUCUUGAAAGUCUUCAUGAACGUGGGCUGGGGUCAGUUCUGCACUUGAAGUCAUAAUGAAUAAAUUUGGGAGAUGCGGGGGGGGGGAGGGGGGGGGGGGGCUGAAAUAGACCCGUGUCUAGAUCAGCAUUCCAGCUCUGAUACUUUAUAAAUACAGGCACUAAUCUGGGAUCAGUUUUGAAUUUUAGCUUUUGAUGGACUAAGAAGAACAGAGGGGGAAGUGGGGAAACCUAGUUCAGUGCAAUCUCCACCUCGGCCCCCCAGCCCAAAAUCCUCUCUUGAACCUUCGCUGAAAUGGUUUUAAGCAAAAGUAAUGGUACUGUAAAACUUUAACCCCUUUAUGCACAAGUACAAUUCCUGCAGAUCACUGACAGUUAUCCACACCAAUAUUUAGGACAAAUGUUCUCUUUUGUUGGGAAUGUACAUUUUGGUUAGUGAAAUUUAUUAGGUAUUUGCCUCCAACCAAAACAACACUCCUUAUGUAACUUUUAAUGUGGCUAUACAGUGCAAUUUUCAGUGUUAAUUAAAAAAUAACUGUCAAACCAAGUCCAAAAAAAAGGGACACAGAUGUCCUCCAUCAAAGUAAAAUGUCAGAUUUUUUUAGCACUAGCCCUUUUUGCUGUGUGGAUUAUUUUAUUGAAGAGGUACAACCAGUACACCCCACAUCUCGCUGGUGGGGUCUACAAAGCUUCGUCACAACUUCUGUAUCCAUAACACAACAUGGAUUAUGUUGCCAUGCGCCCAAAGUUUGAAAUGAAUGCCGCAUUAAUCGGGACCAAAAACACUUUGCAUACCUCUCAAUAACGUACACAACAAAAUGAUCAGUGUUAAACGAACUCUGACAGAGUUUAUACGAGUCAAACAGGGACCACAGGUACUCUGGUAGACUCAUAAGUACUCUGUUACAGUUGAGUUUACACUGGAUAAUUGUUGAUUUCAAAAUGGAGGAAAUGUCACAGUGACUGAAGAGGUUUAUCUGGACAGCCUUGGUGUAGCCCCUUAGCACUGGGUGAUGUCACAAUGACACGGCUGCUGAAUUCUAUUACAUCUUUAAAUCUGGAACAGAAGACAAUUUACAGAAUGUUCCUGGAUUAGAGUGUAAUAGGUCUGCAUUUGUUUUAUUUUUUGUUGUUGAGUUUUUUGUGUGUGUGUCUGUGUGUGUGUCUAGGUUAGUUUAAAUGAAGGUUUAUUGUCAUGUGGAAAUAAAGACAUGAGAAUAAGUGUG